AUGGUGCGUUUUGGGUACACUUCACUGCUAUUAUUUAUAUGUGUGACGCACACUACUUGUCAAUAUUAUGAUAUUUUUUCCGGCCUCCAGCCGUUCCUUCAAACGUCCAGGCCAUAUUAUGACGUCACACAAAAGACCAGAAAAGCGACAAGCAAAGUCAGACUAAAUCAUGCCACAGAGUCAACCAGACACACUUCAGUACCCGUUCAAUCUAGUCAUAGUAGCGUGAAACGGACACAAAAGCCGAAAAAUUCAAAAGAUGUUUCCAAAAACGAUCAAGUACAUUUCAUAAACGAUGGCUAUAGUAAUAGGUACACGACACAAAAUCCAUUUGCGAAUCGACCCGGUGUCAAACCGGCCGUGGCUAAUGGGCCGCCUAUAACCAACAAGCCGCCGUCGACCGCGGCCUAUGAGAGCCCUGAGCUAAUACUGGGCCCUGAUGUAACCUAUAUGAGUAGCACUGAGAGGAGAAGACAUCUCGAUUUAGCUGAAAAAAUGUGCGACAAAUACAAGUCCCUAGACGUGAAGCAAGUUCAAGCGAUACCCCUCGUACCGUCACCACGCCCUAUUAAAGUCAACGUGUCGUCGUGCCUACCCUCCAAGGUGCCUCUGGUGGUGGGAGGAGUCAUCGUCAAUAUCAAGGACUUUCCACAUAUGACCCUGCUUGGAUGGCCAAAGAUAAACUCUGCUGGGUAUUCGUGGAAGUGCGGGGGCAGCCUGCUUAGCGACAGAUACGUCCUGACGGCGGCGCACUGCGCUUAUCAGGACAAAGAUAACAAUGUUCAAACCGGUCCACCACAUGCCGUCCAGCUUGGCUCUUCAUAUCUCAAUGACCCAGGAGCAUUAGUAGUCAAAGUGUUAGCGGCCAUUCGACACCCGAACUACAAACUUCCCAAAUCCUACUACGACAUCGCACUCAUCAAAAUGGCUAAAGCCGUUUCGUUUUCUGAAGUUAUCAGACCAGCUUGUCUGGGAACACCUCCAUCCCCCGGAGAACCUAUUAUUGCUUCUGGAUGGGGCAAGACUGAAUUUGGCGGUGACCAAUCCCUGGAACUCCGGAGUGUAUCGAUACCCGUGUGGGACAUCCCCCAAUGUCGGGAGGUGUUGGGGACCUCUAGAAAGAUACCCGAAGGCCCCUCGAGGGACACGCAGAUAUGUGCCGGUGAAUUGGAUGGGGGCAAGGAUACUUGUCAGGGCGACUCAGGUGGUCCAGCACAAAUUCAAGAUGGCUGCGUUUGGAGGGUAGUAGCCGUCACCUCACUGGGGCGAUCCUGCGGUGCGCCUCGCACUCCAGCCCUAUACGCAAUCGCAAAUCCAGUAUUCAUCUCAGCUGUGGUAUUCAGCGAUCAAACAAAUAAACGAACUGUUGUUAAUUCACAAAAUGCAAAUCAAAAUAAUCUUGGCUCAACACGCGUUACUAAUAAAAACGAUAAUAAACGAAGAGAAACAUCCGAAACUGGUAAUUCAAGAACUCAAAAUGAUGGGAAGUUGUAUUAUGACGGUGAUCAAAGUGUCGACAGUUAUAAUUCGAGGACAGAAAGUAUUAACCAUAAUAGGAGAAAUGAUAACCAAAAUACAGAUACAUCUAACUAUAAUCAAAACACUCAUAACGUUGAUUCAGUCGGUGAUUAUAAUCAAAAUUCCAGACACACAUAUGAACCCACCACUGUUAAAUAUAUAAAUUAUGACAGUUAUGACACAAUACAUAAGAAAAAUCAACAAAAUUACUAUCAGACAGACAAAAAUUUAAACCAACAAAAUCAACAAAGUUAUCCCCAAGAAUCUUCGAAUCAAAACAAUAAUGAUUAUCAGAAUGAUGAUUCUAAUACAUAUUCAAGAAAUAAUUACAAUGAUGGGAACAAUAAUAAUUAUAGGAAUAAUAAUAAUAAUAGAAAUAGUAAUAAUGAUAGAAAUAGUAAUAAUGAUAGAAAUAGUAAUAAUGAUAGAAAUAGUAAUAAUGAUAGAAAUAGUAAUAAUGAUAGAAAUCGUAAUAAUGACAGAAAUAGUAAUAAUGAUAGAAAUAGUAAUAAUGAUAGAAAUAGUAAUAAUGACAGAAAUAGUAAUAAUGAUAGAAAUAGUAAUUAUGACAGAAAUAGAAACAAUGAUAGAAAUAGUAAUUAUGACUGGAAUAAUAAUAAUGAUAGGAACGAUUAUAAUAUUAGAAAUAAUUAUAGUAACAGGGGUAAUCAGUAUGAUAUCCAAAACCAUGGUCAAGUUUGGUGGACGUGA